AUGCAGUGUAAUGUAAACGGUGAUGACGAAGCAUUAUCGCUGACCACAAUAAAAGAGACUGAAUGGCUCAACCAUAUGAGGCAGAAUGUAGAAGACCACCAACACAGAGAGAGAGAGAGAGAGAGAGAGAGAGAGAGAGAGAGAGAGAGAGAGAGAGAGAGAGAGAGAGAGAGAGAGAGAGAGAGAGAGAGAGAGAGAGAGAGACAAAGAGGAUAUACAACCCACUGUUGCCAAGCAAGCUGGAAAUGGAAAAGCCCCUAACAAGAACACAACAGCAAUAGUAUCAUGGUCUGCUUACCACGGAGAACGACAGAAACGCGAAAACGCACGAUGCCAGAGUUCGUUGCUGCCUCUUUUUGCAGAAGCGGCUCACUCUAUAGCCAUGAUCAAGCAUACCAUAACUGUUGCUAUGAAAGCUGUUGAACACCUCAACCAAGAGCAAGCCGUAGUUAUGGCAUUCGAUCAACCCAUACGUGGUUUAGCUAAAGAAAUACAAUGGAGAUAUGCAGACACCAUGGGAGAGGAUAAGCUGGUGGUUAUGCUUGGUGGACUUCUCAUAGAGUUAGCCGUUCUCAAAGCAAUAGGAUCAUGGCUGUUGGGAAGCGGAUGGACAGAGGCUAUUGCUCAAGCCGAGAUAACCACGACUGGAAGGGCUGAGUCAUUAGUAACUUCUACGCACAUUACACGUACAAGAUACAUCCAUCAAGUUACGGCAUCCUCAACAGAGACCCUACAAGGAUUACUACGCAAAAUCCGCAGAGAACGCUCCUCCAUUCCCCGAAUGGUGCAAAGAUCAUGCCAGCAAGACCCCACAGUUCCAAUUCUGGAAUAUGACCCUCACGUUUGAGUUACUUAUUCUCAUUCUCGUGCGCUCCUUUCGACAAUUGGACUUCAGACAGUAUACAGCUGCUUUGAUAGCAAUUACCCCUUGGAUGUUCGCUCUAGAUCGAACUAAUUAUUCGCGGUGGCUACCUGUUCAUAUUAGGGACAUGGUAGAACUACCAAAUAAACACCCGCAUGUCUCCAAGGAGUUCUCGAUAAGUGGUGGAAAAUUUACAGUGCAGAAGACGACCAAUACUUUUUCUUCUAUACCACUAGACCAGGCUCAUGAACAGAAUAAUGAGUUAAUCAAAGGGGACUGCGGGAUUAUUGGAAUCACUGAGAAUCCUGGUGCGCUUUUAAAAUGGAUGGUGGCUGGACCGGAGCUGGCAAGAGUGGUGAAAGAGUUUGAGAGUACAGUAGAGGAGGACAACACCGACCAGACUGCACACCUCACCAUGAGCAAUCCGGGGCUUGUCAAUUGGGCUUCAUAAGUUAUGUUCAAUCUCUCGUUUCUACUAUAGAAAAGCUUAGAAACCCAUUUGAAGUGGAAAGCACAUACCUGACCUCACUUGUAUCAAAAGACAUAGCUGAUCCAGCAAUGAAAGCUACUUUUAACAAAAUUGAGUCAAUUGGAAAGGGGCAGUAUGAACUGUUCGUCAAAGAAAGGCUUACGGAGAGAUGUAAGCCAAUCGACGACAGCAUUUCAAGAAAUAAUCUUCCUUUUUGGAAACGAGGGGCUAGAGUUCAACAUCAAAAGAGAAAAUGAAGCUAAAAUCUGUAGAAACGGAUUGCCAGCUGUUUUCGAAGCUACAUAUCGGAUGUCAAAGUCGAGAUGGCGACCUCGAUGAUUUUCUUUCUCAUGAAAAUCAAGGCUCUCCUCUUUCAUUAUCGGAUUGUGGAGAAUUAGGUCAGGUAGCAGAUGUGCCUUAAUACAGUGCUUGGAUAAGUUGGUGGGCACAUGAGAGUAACACCCGUCGGUUGUUGUAUUGGACGGUGAAUUCUGCAUUCAGAUGCUCAAGCCACAAUUCUGUUCAUGGAAUACAGCGAGGAAGGUCUUUCUGCCCUAAAUCAAACAGUCAAUUGAAAAUGUACAAAGGCUGGAUUUGGUGUGGGAUGACUAUAUCCCUAACAGUUUGAAAGCCAGCGCAAGGUAGAAGAGAGGCACUGGCGCCAGAAGGCGAGUUCUUCCAUCUGCUAUGGUACUCCGAAAUUGGCAUGAAUUCUUACGAUUACAUAGCAACAAGAAGGAGCUGUUCCUGUUCGUGCCAGAGCAGGUCGUGAGAACAGCGAUCGAGGGCAAGCAAAUAAUAGUUAUACGAGGAGAAGAGGUACUCUUCUAUCCACCUGCGACAAGAAGGAAUGAAUUGUCACCCUGUUCGCCUGAAAAAGUAGACACAAGAAUGAUCGUUCAUAUCGCUGAUGCAGUACAAGAUGGUCACCAGUCAGUCAUGAUUCGAUCAACAGACACUGACGUGGUAGUGUUAGUUGCUUGUUACAACUUUAGACCUAAAGGAAUUAUGGGUGUCCUAUGGAACCAGAAAAAACCACAGGAUCCUACUGGCACAUCUCUUUGCAAAGGCUCCUGGUCCAUUUAAGUCAAAGUCUCUCCCCAUCUUCCAUGCCCUUACAGGGUGCGACACAACAUCCUUCUUCGAUGGGUAUGGAAAAAGAAUAGCCUGGGCAGCGUUGUAGAACCUUCCGGAUGUUACUAAGACAUUUCUCGAGCUGGCGGGGACCCCCUCUAAUAUUUCUGAGGAGAAUCUGUGCGCUAUAGAACGAUUCGUCAUUCUGAUUUGCGACAGGGCUAGCCACUUCAGCUAGGUGGGUGUUAAUUUAGAAAAAAAUCGGUUUCUUCUUGAGAACUUGUGAUUGUGGAAUGUUUGCAUUAAUUUAUAGUUACUAUUUGGUAUUUCUCCAGGUCAAUGAUGCCCGAAAGUACUUCUUCGCCAAGAAAGAGAGAGGGUUGGAAGGAUUCCCACCCCCUCGUGAGGCUCUGGAACAACACGUAAAGUGCGCCGUAUAUCAAGGAGGAUACGUGUGGGGAAGGGCAACCGCCCUCAAGCCUGUUUUUCCUGAACCCACAAAUUGGGGCUGGACCCUUGGAAGAAAAGAACAGCUGCAACCACAAUGUGUUAUGCCACUAGCAGCGGCUGUCAUCUGCAAAGAGCUGGUCCAUUGUGGUUGUAAAAAGAGUUUCAGCAGAAUAUGCAAAUUAUUGUGUAAAGGCAGACCUUCCAUGUACCCCGCUUUGUAUAUGUGA